CUAAUGGACAUUGGUCGGUAUUUCCUUGCAUUUUUCAUAAUCUCAUUUUCCGACAAAAUUUCCUUUUGUGGCUUUCCGUUCUAAGUUUUCCUGGAAAAUUCUCAACCUUCUUCACGACAACCCAUAUCCGAGAUAAGUCUUUCUGAACCCAAAACAAAAAAGAUUCCUUCUUUAUUUCUUUUUUCGUCAAGAAGGAAGAGCAAGAAUUUCCUUGUUUGUUUCCAAAGAAUAUAUUUUUCCUUUCUGAAUUUGAGUGAUAUUUGUUCCUGUCUGAGCUGGGAUUUGUUUAUUUUUGGAUAACCAGUGACAAAUCCUGAUUUUGGAGGGGAGGGAAAGAAAAAAAAAAAAAGUCUGGGUUCGGGUGUUUCCUGUUUUGAUUUUGUUGAUAGAAGGGAAAGAAAAAAAACACAUUUGGGAUUUGAGAGAAAAGCUCAAGAUUCUGAAGCUGUUUCCCUGACAUUGACACCUAAAUAGGGGUUUAGUGUAAAAUUUCUGAUCUGUAGAAGCUUGGUCUGAAAUACUGUAGCUUUUGUGACUUCGUUAUACAACAGUGCUUUUGUCAAAGUAAGUAUAUUCAUUGUAAGCUGGAGUUUUAAGUCUUGCUUUGUUUGGGUCUAAAUUUAGUUUGUAUUGUAUUGGGACUCAGUUUCAGUAUCUGGGUGGUCAUUUGUUUCCUUUUUUUGUUCAAUUUGAUUGGCUUUUGAGGUUCUGGUAUAAAGUUUGGUUUUAUAGGCUGAUCUAUUUCUGAGUUUUGAAAUUGAUAUGGGAAAGCAAAGUGGAAAGAAUAAAGAAAAGUUGGGUGAUAGUAGUGGAAAGCAGAGCAAAACUGGGGAUAGCAUUAGUAGCCCAAAAGCCUAUGAUAAGGACACUGCAGUCUUCAUUUCCAUGGCCCAUGAAUUGAAGGAUGAGGGUAACAGGUUGUUUCAGAAGAGGGAUCAGGAAGGAGCUAUGUUGAAAUACGAGAAAGCCGUGAAACUUCUUCCAAAGAAUCAUAUAGAUGUGUCAUAUCUUCGGAGUAAUAUGGCAGCUUGCUAUAUGCAAAUGGGGUUGAGCGAGUAUCCGAGGGCAAUUCAUGAGUGCAAUCUAGCUCUUGAAGUUACUCCUAAGUACAGUAAAGCACUGCUAAAGAGAGCAAGGUGUUACGAGUCUUUGAAUAGGCUAGAUUUGGCUCUAAGAGAUGUUUGUACUGUUUUAAACAUGGAGCCAAACAAUGUCAUGGCCUUGGAGAUUUCAGAAAGGGUUAAAAUGGCACUUGAAAAUAAGGGUUUGAAGGUGAGUGAUACAGUAAUUGAGUUACCACCAGAUUAUGUUGAACCACCAAUUUCAUUGCCUCCACAGAAAGUUGUGAAAGAAAAGUCAAAGAAGAAGAAGAAGAGCAACAAAGUUGUGGACAAAAAGGCUGUGGAUGUUAUUGAAGCUAAGAAGGUGGAGGAUAAGGUUGAUGACAAAAAAGCUGAGGAGAAGAAGGCUGAGGAUAAGGUUGUUGUGCAGGAGAAAAUUAGUGUAAAGGAAGCACCUAAAAGAAGUGUAAAAUUGGUUUUUGGGGAGGAUAUAAGAUGGGCUCAGGUGCCAGUAAACUGCACACUUUUACAACUAAGGGAGGUUGUCUGUGACCGGUUUCCAAACUCAAGAGCAAUUCUCAUUAAGUACAGAGACCAAGAGGGUGAUUUGGUUACAAUUACUACAGAUGAAGAACUGAGGUGGGCUGAAGGCUCAGCAGAAUCACAGGGUUCUGUCAGGUUUUACAUUGUAGAAGUUGAUCCUGAGCAGGACCCAUUCUUUGAGAAAAGAAAGGAUGGGGAGGAUCUGCGCAGGCUUAGUUUUCAGGAAAAUGGUGUAGCUGAGAGUGGUAAUGCGGAAAGAGGCAAGGAAAUAAAGAAGUCGUCUUGCAUUGAGGACUGGAUAAUCCAGUUUGCUCAGAUGUUCAGGAACCAUGUUGGGUUUGAAUCUGAUUCGUACUUAGAUCUCCAUGAACUUGGGAUGAAGCUCUACUCUGAGGCCAUGGAGGAGACGGUCACAAGUGAUGAUGCUCAAGAUCUUUUCGAAACAGCUGGAGGCAAGUUCCAGGAGAUGGCAGCUUUAGCCUUGUUCAACUGGGGAAAUGUUCACAUGUCAAGGGCACGAAAAAGGGUGUAUUUUACAGAAGAUGCUUCAAAAGACUCGGUACUUUCACAGAUCAAAAUUGCAUAUGAUUGGGCACAGCAACAGUAUAUAGAAGCAGUAAACAGAUAUGAAGAAGCGCUGAAAAUGAAACCAGACUUUUAUGAAGGCUAUCUGGCUUUAGGGCAGCAACAGUUUGAACAGGCAAAGCUCUCUUGGUAUUAUGCAUUAAGCAGCAAUAUUGAUUUGGAAACAUGGCCUUCCACAGAGGUACUACGCCUUUACAAUAAUGCUGAAGAAAAUAUGGAAAAGGGCAUGCAAUUAUGGGAGGAAUGGGAAGAGCAACGCUUGAGUGAACUUUCGAAACAAAACAGUGUUAAAAUUGAGAUUCAGAAAAUGAAGUUGGACACACUUUUCAAAGAUGUAUCUCCCGAUAAAGCUUCUGAGCAGGCUGCAAACAUGAGGUCUCAGAUCAACCUCUUAUGGGGCACAAUGCUUUAUGAGAGAUCUAUAGUGGAAUUCAAAGUUGGGUUGCCUGUAUGGCGUGAAUGUUUGGAAGUUGCAAUUGAGAAGUUUGAACUUGCUGGGGCUUCUCCAACAGAUAUAGCUGUCAUGGUCAAGAACCACUGUUCUAAUGAUAGUACACUGGAAGGUGUAGGAUUCAAAAUUGAUGAGAUAGUGCAGGCAUGGAAUGAGAUGUAUGAAGCUAAAAAGUUGCUGAGUGGAGUACCCUCAUUUCGGCUAGAGCUCUUAUUCAGACGAAGAGUCUCAAAACUUCAUCAUGCAUUGGAGCAUGCAUGAGUUGAUGAUUUUGUGUUCUCUAAAAGGUUUCUUUUCUGACUCAAUCGCCUGAAAACGUGAGUCCUAUGCAUACUGAGGUUUUCUUUUGUUAGAUAUACCUCCACAGUGAAUGCUCUCUCUUACUUCCCUUAACAGUGAAUUAUAUUUACAAUACUUGAUUGAAGACUAGUAUUUUGGUUUCAUUUCUUAUAUUUUGGGCACAAGAUGAAGUCGCGGGUUAUUUCAUUCUGCCUUCACUUUCGUUUUGCCUUCCUAGAUUUACAGUUACCAACAAUGUCUUUUGUAGAAGAAUUUCAGUAGUUUUAGUCAUUUUUUAUAUCUUCUUCCUUUUGGCUUGUAAUUUAGUGUUUGAUCUCAGUUCAGCGUGUAAGUUACAUCAUUUUGGUUUGUAGCUAUAUCAAUUAAUGUAUUGAAUUAAUUGAACUUUUGUUACUAUUGUCAUAAAAGCAACAAACAAAAAAAUUUCCUUGAAGAGAAACAUUUCAGGUGUGGUGUUAA